CCCAAAAGGACCUCAAAUUCCCGACAUCAGUGAAAGUUGACAUUCGUAUCAGCAAUUCAGAUCCUGCCUUUAGGAUGGUCCAUGAUGUCAGGAACCGGUCGCUUGCUCCUUGGGAUUACAGGCUCGAUGAGGACCCCAACCGCUUCCCCCAGGUGAUUGCGGAUGCCAAGUGCCGUCACUCCAGCUGCGUGAGCCCGCAGGGCCAGGAGGACCACAGCUUGAACUCCGUCCCCAUCCGCCAGGAGAUCCUCGUACUCCGGCGGGAGCAGCGGGGCUGCCUGCCCACCUACCGCCUGGAGAAGAAGGUCAUCACCGUGGGCUGCACCUGUGCCACCCCAGUUGUCCAGUACCAGGCCUAGGACCCACUAGCAGCGGAGGCAACAGUGGGACAAAGACAUGGUUCCUACGGACGUCCCUGUGGAGAACUCCUGCCAGUGCCCACCUUGCAUCCCAGCCACCGUCGCGGAUUCAGCGCAACAUUCCCAGUAUGAAUCUGAGCAAAUUACCUCAAAGCACUGAUUCUUGCUGUUAUUAACUUACAGGGUUUAGCAUGGCAAUGACCUGCAGCUGCUGAUGGAGGGAAGAGAGGAGGAUGGAGAGAAGACUGGGUUUUUUUUUUUUUGACUUCCUGCAGGGAGGGAGUAAAGACGUGCUUUUUUUCAUUGCAGCUUAUAUCAGUUUGGUGAAUCAAAUGAAUUACAGUAUUGAAAGUUCUUCUCUGCAGUUAGUUGCCCUAAAUAUACAUUUUAACCGGAACUGUAACAAGAAACCCCCACUCCUGCACGUUCUUGCUCUCUUCCUCAUCCUCUAACCCUGUUUCCUCCUCCAGCCAUCACUAGCGAACUUUUCUAGUGUAAAUCUGGCAAAAAGGCUGCCAGGCCUGAUUCUGACUGCACUCCAGUUUUAUGUCACUGAAGCUCCAUUGACUUCAGUGGGGCCAUUGCUGACUUAUUCUAAAGCAAUUUGAGAGGCAAUUGAGCCCGCUUGACUUGAAUGAUAAUAAAACAAAGAGUGUUUACAUAAAAAAAGCAAAGGAUGUUUAUAUUUCUAUUUAUCUCUUCUAUUUAUGACUGUAUUUAUGGCCUUGUAUGUGCUCAGAGUAUCCAGAAAAUGGUAAACUUUUAUCUGUAUUUAUUCAAUAACUUAUCUGCUGAAUAAAAUUUGUAUUUU